AUGGCUGCCAUCCAACCUUCGCCGCCUCGCACGGCCGAGCAGGGCCAUGCUGCAUCUGAGAGCGACAUCGAAAAGACGACUGGUCAGAAUGUGGUCGACAUCCAUGCCGACCCCUUGAAGACGGAGGCAGAUGACGCCGGCUCCGAGCAUAAGCAGGAGGGUGUCAAGAAGGUCGAGGCAAUCACUACGGUGUGGUCAACGAAGAUGCUCUGGGUUGUCUUCGUCUUGCUGUACCUGGUCGCCUUCGUCGAUAACCUUCUUCAAUCUGUCCAGAGUAACUUGACACCCUACGUCACCUCCGCCUUCGGCCAGCAUGGACUCCUGUCUACGACCAGCAUCAUCUCUACGAUUCUGGGUGGUGUCUCGAAGCUUACCAUCGCCAAGAUCAUCGAUAUCCGCGGCCGUACCGAAGGUUUCUCCUGGAUGGUCCUCCUCAUUAGCAUCGGUAUGAUCAUGAAGGCCACCUGCAAGAAUGUCGAAACCUACGCCGCCGCGCAGACCAUCUUCUGGGUUGGCCACAUCGGCUUGCAGUACAUCGUCACCGUCUACCUUUCCGACAUGACGUCCCUGAAGAACCGAAUGAUCAUGAUUGGUAUCAACGGCACCCCGCUUAUCGCGACGACCUUCGCCGGCCCAAAGAUCUCGCAGCUGUUCUACGACAACGUUAACUUCCGUUGGGCUUUCGGAGCAUUCGCAAUCAUCCUCGUUGGUAUUUGCAUUCCCGUGGCGGUGAUCUUCCUCAUGAGUGAGAUCAAGGCGAAGAAGAUGGGCCUGAUCCCUCCCAAGGUUAAGACUCGCAGCACUUGGGAGUCUGUUAAGCACUACUUCAUUGAAUUCGACAUCGUCGGCUUGCUUUUGGCUUCCGGUGGUUGGUCUAUGCUUCUGUUGCCUUUCAGUCUCGUCAGCUACACCUCGCAUAGCUGGGCUAGCCCGACGAUCAUUUGCCUCAUCGUCUUCGGUGUGGUGGGCCUGGCCCUUUUCGCCGUCUGGGAGAAGUGGUUCGCGACAGUCUGUCUGUUCCCUUACCACUUCUUGAAGGACCGCACCGUCCUCGGCGCCUGCUUGGUGUAUGGCAUCAUGUUUGCCUCGAUUUACUGCUGGGAUUCGUACUACCAGUCCUACCUACAGGUUGCGCACAACCAGGACAUCACCAGCUCAGGCUACAUCCUCAACACCUUCAGCUUGACCUCAGCUAUCUUCUCGCCUCUGAUCGGACUUCUUAUCCGCUACACUGGAAAGUUCAAGUGGACUGCCAUGGCCGGCAUCCCCAUCUGCGUUCUCGGCACCGCUCUUCUUAUCUACUUCCGUCAUCCAGGAACCAAGGUCGGCUACCUCGUCAUGUGCCAGAUCUUCAACGGUGUUGCCAGCGGCAUUUGGGCCAGUACCUCCCAGCUUGCCGUCAUGUCCUCCGUCACUCAUCAGCAAGUCGCUAUUGGUCUCGCUCUACACGGUCUCUUCGGUUCUAUCGGCGCCGCCAUCGGCCUCGCUAUCGCCGGUGGUAUCUGGAACAACGUCCUCGAGAACAACAUCUACAAGAACCUGCCUGCUGACAGCAAGGACCUCACGGCCAAGAUCUUCGGAGAUCUUACCACUCAGCUGUCGUACCCCAUGGGCAGCCCUAUUCGCGAGGCUAUCAUCGCCGCGUACGCCGACGUGCAGAGGAAGAUGGUCAUUGCUGGUUGCGCGUUCAUUCCUCUCAUCUUCGUGUCCUUGGUCAUCUGGCGUAACAUCGACGUCAAGACCGUGGAGGAGAAGAAGGGCAAGCAGACCAAGGGAACCGUGUGGUAA